AUGGUCAAGUUCGUUGCUCAGAUGAAGAAUCCACGUCCCGGUCACAAUACACAGGGAAAACUCAGAAAGAUCCAUCUCGAUUCAACUCUCGAGGGUUACGCCAACUAUAUGGCGCCCAUGCGGCUGAGCUGGAUCAAGGAGCAGGUAAAGCGUCUCAAGCCCGAAGAGGCUCAGAGGAUAUUGACCGACGACAACCUGAAACCUGAAGACGAUAAAUAUCUUACGCGAACUUGGGGAUGA